AUGAAACGAGUAGAGGAGGUGCGUGCACUACUGCGUCUGCAGAGAAGGCCCGUGGUCCAAGAAGUCAAGACCAAGAGAACGGUCUGCAGGGACUAUGCGAGAUGGAGUGCAGAUGAUCUGCGCCGGGUGAUGGAUGAUCCUCAAGGAUUGGCUAGAGGCGGGGACCUAGUCAAGCCAACAGAGGGGCAGAUGACAACUGUGUCGAACGUGGAUUCGGCUUCCGAUGAGCUGGGGCAAGCCGUGACUCGGUUCAAAUGGGGGCCACUUUCGAGGAAAGUUCUCCGACUCGAGGGUAUGCGGCCAAGAUCGGAAGAUCAGAGGUUUUUAAUAUGGCAGGCUGAUAGAUAA